UUCUUUUUUUUCCUUUUUUCUAUUAUUAUACAAAUUAUAUUUUAAAAAUGAGUUUUUUAUCAGAAUUUAAAAAGAAUUUAAAUAGAGCUGGUCAAAGCAUUAAACAAAGAACAGGUGGUAACGAUAGAACAAUUGAUAGUGAAUUUGAAGAAGAAUAUGAAAGAUUCAAGACUCUCGAAAAAAAAUCUGAAAAACUUGCGAAGGAAGCAAAAGGUUAUCUUGAUUCAAUAAGAGCUAUGACAACUGCUCAAGUCCGUAUCACUCAAACAAUAGAGCAUUUUUAUGACGAAACUGCACCUAUGGGACAAGGUGGUGUUGAAUAUAAACGAGUCAUUGAAAAGUUAGAUGAAGAAGCAAGAACUAAUUUGGAUUCAACUUAUCGUACUACUGUACUUGAACCAUUAAGUAGAUUUUGUUCCUAUUUCCCUGAAGCAAAUGAAGCUAUUAAGCGACGUCAAAAGAAAUUAUCGGAUUACGAUUCUUCAAGAGCUAAGGUUAGAAAGUUAGUUGAUAAACCAAGCGAAGAUCCUCAAAGAUUACCAAGAGCUGAACAAGAAGCUAAUCUGGCUAGGGAAAUGUAUGAAAACUUGAAUACAAUCAUUGUUAAUGAUUUACCAAAAUUGAUUGAAUUAAGAGUACCUUAUAUUGACCCUUCAUUUGAAGCACUUGUCAAGUCACAAUUAAAGUUUAGUCAAACAAGUUAUGAACAAUUAGAAGGUUUAAGGCAUUAUUUUCCUCCUAGCACUGAAGAAGCUGAUCGUCGUGUAGAUGAUAUAUUACAACAAAUGCGUGAGUUAACCAUUUGUGGUAAUUUUUAACCUCUUUAAAUAAAAUAUAUAUAUAUAUAUCUAUAAUAAUAGUAAUAAAUAACUUCUCCCUUUAACGUCUCAUAAGCAUAUACUUUAG